UCCUCAAGGAUACGUCAGGAGGUUCACCGUUCAUGGCAAUCUCAUCAUAAGACGACUGUUCAUUCAUCUAAUCAAUCAGACCCCUUUUUCUGCUUCUCUCCCUAUAUAUUCUCUCUUUGGUUGCUUCCUUUUAAAUUUGAUCUUCCUCCUCUAAAUUCUGAUAUUUACUGGUCGGUAGGAAAGAAGAUAAUAAUUAAAAAAAACGAUAUAUAUUGAUUGUGAGGUACAGAAAUUAAAAAUCCCACCAAACGAUGCUUAAAUAAUGGAGCCACAUCACAAUUCGGAUUCUAAUUCAAAGCUCUCAUCUGCUACUGAAGGAGCUUAUUCUAGGGUUUCAAAACCACUUCUUCAAUCGGACUGUAGUAAGUUUGGAGAUAACAGAGGCCUGGAUGAUAUGGAUCCAGUCAUUGGUUCAAAUGUUGUGAAAAUGGGUAAGCAUGAAGAAUAUGACAGACUAGCUGUACACCUAAAGGAUGAAAUUCCUGAGAACACAAAUUUGACAAGCCGUCUAGAUAAUCGAGCAGAAGAACUUGUUGCCAACUUCUCUGUCCAAACCACACGUGAAGCAACACAGGAACUUUUCAGUAAACGGUCAUUUCAAGACACUCGAGAAGCUAGUGAAAGGUAUCAUAUGGACUGCUCGAAAGGGGAAUUUGAAGAAGAUUCUCUAACCCUGAGACAGAACAAUAUCUGGAAGUUUUCUGAGAAGAUUAUUAGCAGCAAUUGGAAUAAAAUAGGAAAAUGUGGUACUGAAACAUCUGGUCAAAAUGCAGAUCACAUAAACAACAACAAGAGUUAUAUCACGGGCAAGCCAGUGGCUGGAAAGCAAGAGACUGAUCAUGAUUCACCUUUGUGCACAGAAGAAAACUAUGAGAAGGGGGCACACACUAGUAAGGAUAUGGUUAAAGCUAAAGUCUCUAAUGUUGAUUUAAUUCAACAGACCAACGAAAGUGAUGCAAUAAGAAAUUCUCUAUACCCACAAUUAACUGAAAAUAGAGAAUGUGAAACACAGUCAUCUCAAAUGGUAGAAGAAAGUACGUGCCACCAAAAUCAAGGAAGAUAUUUCUGCUAUGAUUCACCACUGUUUGGUGAAACUGGAGCUUGGAUUCCUGUAUCAGUUCCUCCUAUGUCAGAGAGUGAGCAUGAAGAGUGGAAUAGAGGGUUCUGCUCAAACGGGGGAUACCUUCCUGAUGGUGACACAGAUUGGAAUCAGUGCAUGGGGGAAGACAAGGAGUUGACCAUGUGGGAUGUGGUGGUCGAUAUGUUGCUUGCAGCCCGAGGGAAAGUGCAAUCUCUUGCAUCUGGUGAUAUUGGUAACAUGGCGUGGAUAUCAAGCCAUCUCAUUGAGCAGGCUUGGAAAGAGAUGGCUCAAACCCUCACAGAAGCUAAUUUUGGUAAUGCCCAGGAAAUUCUUGAGGCAGAUCCUCCCAAAUGGUUGCCUGACAGUGCAUCUUCCUCUUGUAUGUUAUGUAGUGUGCGGUUCCACCCUAUCAUGUGCAGCAGGCAUCAUUGUCGAUUUUGUGGUGGAAUAUUUUGCAAUGAAUGUACUAAAGGAAAGAGUUUGCUCCCUGAAAAAUUUCGCACUGGGGAACCGCAACGAGUAUGUGAUGUAUGUUGUGUGCGUCUUGAGUCCGUGCAGCCAUACCUAAUGGAUCGAGUAAGCCGUGCUGCUCAGUUGCCAACCCAUGACCUUACUGACCUGAGCACAUUGCGAUCUUGGGUAAACUUCCCGUGGGGACAGUCAAUGGAACACGAAAUUUACAAGGCCACUAAUACUAUUCGGGGCUAUGAAAGGAUUGGUUUGUUGAGUUCUGAGAAGAAAAUUCCAGAAGCUAUUCUACAGAAUGCAAGAGGUCUUGCCAUACUUACAGUUGUGAAAGUUGGAGUGAUGGUCACCUACAACAUUGGAACCGGAUUGAUAAUUGCCCGUAGAGAAGAUGGUUCAUGGUCUCCCCCCUCGGCCAUUUCUUCCUUUGGUGUGGGAUGGGGUGCUCAGGCUGGUGGAGAACUCACUGACUUCAUUAUUGUUCUGAGAACUACUGAUGCUGUCAAAACUUUUGGUGGUGAUGCGCAUCUUUCAGUUGGAGCUGGUGUGAGUGCUGCUGCUGGGAUCAUUGGACGAACUGCUGAAGCUGAUCUUCGUGCUGGUACUGGAGGCUAUGCUGCUUGUUAUACAUACAGCUGCAGUAAAGGUGCCUUUGUUGGGUGUUCCCUACAAGGGAGUGUUGUGACUACCCGAACACGAGAAAACUCCAGAUUUUAUGGUAGCCAGUCACUAAAAGCUCCAGAAAUUCUCCUUGGUUCGUUGCCGAGGCCCCCUGCUGCAGCCGCCCUAUAUCGUGCACUUGCUGAUUUAUACCAGAAACUUUGAAGGUCUCAUUCGUCUUAAAGGGUUGUACAUAAUGUUACGGGUUGGAAAUUUGGGGGCUUGAUUAUUGCUAUUCUUUGUGAAUUAUGAGUGCAUAGAUAUAGUUAAUUGUACAGUAUGGAAGAAGAAUUGUAAAUAUAAUCAUUAUCUUUGCUGGGAGAGUAUCCUUGCUCACUGAAUCUAUUGGCAAUUUGGCAUUCAAUUUGGGAAGGAAAAAAAUGGAUGAAAAGAGUUGUGUUGUGGCGUU